CGUCGAUUCGGAAAAUUCACCAACACUUUGUUUUUCUCUCCAAAGAAAUUUCAAAUUUCUCAGCGAAAAAUGGGCGAAGAAUCCGAAACCGCCAUGGCUUCUCCAGAUCGAAAUCUAACCCAGAAAAUCGCCAAGAUCCUAAACGAGACUCGCACAUCAUACGCUACUCACAACAGGAAGCUAAAGGAACUCGCCACAAUCCGUUCAAAGCUAUCUUCAUCUGAAUCCGAGUCUUCUUCUGUUCAUCAAUUCUCUUCGGUGUUUUUCAAAACCCUAACCCCUCUUUUCAUGGCGGCUCAACGAAGAACUGCUGCAGCAGAGCGUGUUGUUCGAUUUGCGGCGGAAUUUGCUUGUCUUCGUAGGAUUUCUGAUGGUGAUUCUGAUUGCGACGAGUUUCUGGAGGAAUUUCUAAAGUUUUUGGUGGUUGGAUCUGUGGCUGCGAAUCGAAACGCUAGAUUCAGAGCGUGUCAGAUAAUUUCUGAGAUCAUAUUGAGGUUGCCAGAUGAAGUGGAAGUAGCGGAUGAACUAUGGGAUGAUGUAAUCGAUUGUAUGAUGUUGCGUGUUCGGGACAAAGUUCCUGUUAUACGUACAUUUGCUGUAAGGUCUCUUUCACGCUUUGUGAAUGAUCCUGAGAAUAGUGACAUUCUUGAUUUGCUACUUGAGGUGCUUCCCCUGGAACAGAAUCCGGAGGUACGCAAAACAAUUGUUUUAUCUCUGCCUCCUUCAAAUGCAACCACCCAAGCAAUUAUUGAUUGCACGCUCGAUGUUAAUGAAUCAGUACGCAAAGCAGCUUACUCAGUUCUGGCAAAUAAAGUUCCUCUUCAGAGUUUGAGCAUCAAGCUUAGGACAACAAUUCUUCAGAGAGGGCUCGCUGAUCGUGCUGUAAAUGUUUCAACGGAAUGCUUGAAGCUAAUGAAAGAGCAAUGGCUAUCUAACUCUUGUGGAGGAGAUCCUAUCGAAUUUCUUAAAUACCUUGACGUUGAAACCUAUGAAACUGUAGCAGAAUCGGCGUUGGAAGUUCUGUUGAGUGAAGGAUUGAUAAUGCCCUCCGAUGAUAAAAGCAUCCAGCAGUACAUAUUGUCAGCUGAUGGUGAAGCUAGAGAUGAGAGCACAUGUUCUGCACCAAGCAUUCAACUAAUGGAGCCAGAGGUUGCUCUUUACUGGAGGAUUAUAUGCAGAAAAUUACACAAAAGUGCUCAAGCAAAGGGUUCUGAUGCUGCUACUGCGAUGGGAGCUGAGGCAGCAGUUUAUGCCGCUGAAGCUUCAGAUGCUAAUGAUUUGCUGGAAAGAAUUCUUCCUGCAACAGUCUCUGAUUAUGUUGAUCUAGUUAAAGCUCAUAUAGAAGCUGGACCAAAUCAUCACUUUGCUUCGAGGCAGCUAUUAUUGUUGGGCACCAUGCUUGAUUUCUCUGAUGCUAUGCUCCACAAGACUGCGAGCUCAUUUGUCCAGGAGCUGCUACACAGACCUUUUGAGCAAGAAUUAGAUGAAGAUGGGAACAGUAUUGUGAUUGGAGAUGGUAUAAACCUUGGUGGUGAUAAAGAUUGGGCUGAGGCAGUGUCCAAAUUGGCUAAGAAAGUCCAUGCUGCCCCUGGAGAAUAUGAAGAAGUUAUACUUGUUGUUGUUGAAGAAGUAGCGAGACCCUGCAGGGAAAGGACUGCGGAUUUCCUGCAGUGGAUGCACAUGCUUUCUCUGACAAGUCUUCUCUUAGAAAAUGGAAAAUCUUUACAUUCACUGCAAGGAAAGGCUAUUGAACCAGAAGAGAUAUUGCAUGCUCUAUUGCUUCCAGGGGCAAAACACACUCACUUGGAUGUGCAAAGGAUUGCUAUAAAGGGCCUUGGUCUUUUUGGUUUGUUAGAGAAGAAGCCUAGCGAAGGGCUAGUAAGGCAGCUACGUACAGCUUUUUGCAGAAGCCCUCCUCCAAUUAGUAUUAUGGCUUGCAAGGCACUAGUGGAUCUUGGGAUGUGGCAUAGCCCAACAGAAGUUGACAAGGCAAUGGGACAAGAUCUCUUGUCACAAUUUGAGGACGAAAGCAUUGAUUUUGCACCCAUCGACUUAUCCAAUGCCGAAGAAGAUAUGAACUUUAAAAUGCUCGAUCUCUUGUAUGCUGGACUUGAAAGUGAUGACUGGAGAGCUUUCACAGAGAGCAGUGAGAAUGAGUCAGUUAAAGCAACUGUUGGGGAGGGGUUUGCAAAACUUCUUCUUCUAGGAGAGAAGUACCCAAACUUGCCUGCAUCAUUCUAUCCGUUUGUUUUGGGAAAGCUAAUUGCAUUAUAUUUCAGUGAGGAGUCCAAAGAACAACUGAGGUUUAAACAGUGUUUAUCCGUCUUCUUUGAGCACUAUGCCUCCCUCUCAGAAAAGCAUAAGGGAUACGUGUCAAAGGCUUUUGUUCCUCUCAUACGCUCAAUGUGGCCUGGGAUCUAUGGAAACACUAAAAGUUCGUCAUAUGUUGUAUCAAAUCAACGCAAGCGCGCAGUCCAAGCAUCCAGAUUUAUUCUACAGAUGAUGCAAACCCCACUAUACAAAAAAGAGACAAGAGGUGAGCCUGAAAGCCAGUUCAAUAAAUCACCAGAAGAUUCUAUCCAGCCUCCACUAAACUGUACAGAAGAAGGGUUGGCUAUACGCAUAGCCAUCGAGAUGCUAAGCUUCAAAGAAAAGAAGACUGCUGCUGAGAAGGCAUAUGUUGCAGCGCUGUGCAAAAUACUUGUGCUGCUCCAUCUGAAACCAUCGGAUCAAAAUGUGAUAAAGUUGUUGAAAAAGCUUUUAAGCCUACUCGCAGAUUCUGUAUGUUCAGAGAAGGAGCUUCUUAAAGAAGUGAAACCGGUGCUUGAACAUCUAAAAUCUUUGGAUGCUUGUCCAAGCGAGGAGCUGACACAAGAUCAAGCAAAUCCCAUCUUUGAAACACUUGGAGUAAGCUACAACUUAGAGAUCACGGAAACUACAACAGUGCCACAGACACCUGCUCCUUGCUCAACAAGACCAGCUCGGUCAAGAAGACGAGCAAGAAUUGAAGAUACAUCCUCUGAUGAAGAAGAAGAAGUAGCAUCUCCUCCACCUUCUGCUCCUAAUACUUUGAUGACCCGAUCACACCGAGCAAGUAAAGCUGUUGCUUUAGCCAAAAUAAUGGCAAGCAAAGUGAAAAUGAGUAAUGUAGACGAGGAUGAUGAGGAAGAAGGUGCCUCUGAUGUUACAGCAGAUGAUUCAGAUGAAUCUGAUGAAUAAUCAUAUAGAGUUGAGUUAGGGAUGGGUUCUGUUGUUUGUACGUUUGUUACCAAGUUGAUGUGUGUUUUGUGUCAGCUGUGAAAAGAUUAUAGACAUAGAUCUCUUCUUGUAAGUUGUCACCAUAUCGUUGCUUGUCAUAUGUGUGAGUCUCGGUUAUGUUUGCUGUCGAAAAUCUUUGGAUU